AAUUAAAGAACAAAAAUGUAUUACAAUCCUACUAUAAUUGAAAUUCUUAUCUUUAUUGAUUAUAAAAGAUUCAAAUUGAUAAUAACUAAAACUGAACAUAUAAAAGUCAUACCAAAAAACAUAUUUUUCCAUCUGCAGGCGCUCUCUAUAUUUCCGUUGAAUCAUUCCAUAUUUCCUUACCAUUUUUUUUUUAUAUUUCAUUUUCUUUUUAACCUUUUCUGAUUCCUUUGAACCAUGAAUCACAAGAAUCCAUUGAACUACAUUUCUUAAAGCAGAAAACCUAGUAGCAGAAUCAUGUCCACACAAAAGUUUGUACUCAUCGUGUUCUUGAUUUUAGUCUCAGGAAGAGAAGCCAUUGGAGACUUAUUGGACUUCGACAAGGAGGUACUUCUCGAUUUGAGAUCAUUCCUAGAACAGGAGAAUAAAGUUAAUCAACGUGAUUACAACAAAUGGGACCCACAAGCGUCUUCCCCAUGCACAUGGCCGGGAAUUUCAUGCUCCGGCAACCGAGUCGUCGGGAUAAACCUCUCCAACAACAAUAUCGCCGGGAAGAUUUUCAAGAACUUCUCGGCGUUGACGGAGCUUGCCUACCUCGACUUAUCAACCAACAACAUCGGCGGCAGCUUUCCGGUGGAUUUGGGUAACUGUAAAAGCCUCAAAGUAUUGAACUUGUCACACAACAUGAUUGAUAGUGAGCUUAAUUUGACUGGACUUGGUAAUCUGGAAGUUCUUGACUUAUCUGUCAACAGACUCUCCGGUGAUAUUUUCAUGAGUUUUCCGAUGAUUUGCAGCAGUCUGGUGGUUGCUAAUCUCUCGGCAAAUCAUUUCUCCGGUGAAAUUGGAAACUCAAUUGAUGGGUGCCCAAAGCUGGAGUACGUCGAUCUGAGCGCAAAUUAUUUGACCGGAAACCUGUCGUUUGGAUUCCACAGGUUCAAGGGGUUUGCAGUGUGCGAAAACCGGUUAAAUAACGACCUCCAGAACUGGAUUUUCGCAGACAACUGCAGUUUACAGGCGUUGGACCUAUCGGAAAACGCAUUCACCGGAGAAAUCCCGACGACCAUUUCAAAUUGCAAGAAUUUAACAAUCUUGAACCUGUGGGGAAACUACUUUUCUGGGAAAAUUCCAGGAGAGCUUGGAGUAAUUCCAAAUCUUCAACAGCUUUACUUAGGCAACAACACCUUCACCGGCGAGAUUCCGGCGACUUUACUCGGUUUGCAGAACCUGGAGUUCUUGGAUUUAAGCACGAACAAUUUUGGAGGCGAUAUACAAGAGAUAUUUGGCCGGCUAACUCAAGUAAAAACAUUGUUCCUCCAUUCAAACAACUACACCGGCGGGUUAACGUCAUCUGGAAUACUCCGGCUACAGAAUCUAUCAAACCUAGACUUGAGUUACAACAAUUUGUCCGGCGAGUUACCGAUCGAAGUCUCUCAAAUGGAAAGUUUGAAGUUCAUCUUUCUUGCAAACAACCAAUUCUCCGGCAGCAUACCUUCAGAAUAUGGAAACAUGCAAGGACUUCAAGCUCUCGAUCUUUCAAAUAAUCAGUUAACCGGAUCAAUCCCAUCAAGUUUUGGACAAUUGACGUCCCUCUUAUGGUUGAUGAUCGCAAACAAUUCUUUAACGGGUGAAAUACCACCGGAAUUAGGGAAUUGCAGGAGCUUGUUGUGGUUAAAUCUUCAAAACAACAAACUUUCCGGUCAUUUUUCACCGGCGUUAACUAACAUGGGCAAGAACGCGACGCCAACUUUCCUAGUAAACAGACAAGACGCUCUCAUUGCAGACUCAGGAGAAUGCUCGACACUCAGAAGAUGGAUUCCGGCGGAUUACCAGCCAUUCAGUUUUGUGUAUACGCUUCUUAACAUGAAGAAAUGUAAGGAUUUGUGGGAUAAGUUGCUCAAAGGAUACGGGAUUUUUCCGAUUUGUCUCCCUGAAACGAACGUUCGAGUAGAAACAAUAUCCGGAUACAUUCAACUCAGUGGAAAUCAUUUAUCUGGGAAGAUACCUUCAAGUAUCGGGAAGAUGAGCGACUACAGCAUGGUACACUUCGGGGGAAACCAAUUUUCCGGCACACUUCCGGCGGAUAUCGGCGAUAUGGCCCUCGUCGUGUUCAAUAUUUCUCAGAACGAAUUCUCAGGGCGAGUUCCGAUGCAGCUUGGCAACCUCAAGUGUUUGAGGAAUCUUGAUUUAUCAUAUAACAAUUUCUCAGGGACGUUUCCGACGAACUUGAACAAUCUGACAGAUUUGAGCAGCUUUAAUGUCUCCUACAAUCCGUAUAUCUCCGGCUACAUUCCAGACACAGGACAACUUGCAACUUUUGAAAUAUGGUCGUUCCUCGGUAAUCCAUUGUUACGUCUGCCUUCUUUCAUAAAAAAUUCAACAAACAGCUCAUCUUCUACCAGUGGAAGAUCAACACCACCAAAAUGGGGAGCGGUUUUGAUUUUCAUCUUUCUUUUACUCGCCUUCUUUGUGUGUGGUGUCAUGACAAUCAUAAUCUGCAUGGCCACCAAGUCCACCAUGGAACCACCACAGUUUCUUCUGCCGGAAAUAAAGCCACGAAAUGGCUAUGAUGACUCUUCGCCAUGGUUAUCAGAUGGGGUGAAGGUAAUCCGUUUGGACAAAACCGCGUUCACGCAUGCAGACAUUUUGAAGGCCACAGGAAACUUUUCGAAUGAUAGAAUCAUUGGAAGAGGUGGUUUUGGGACGGUUUACCAUGGUGUUUUGCCGGAUGGGAGGGUAGUUGCAGUGAAGAAGAAGCUAAGAGAAGGCGUAGAGGGGGAAAAAGAGUUUAAAGCCGAAAUGGAAGUAUUAACAGGAAACGGGUUCGGGUGGCCCCACCCGAACCUCGUUACACUAUAUGGAUGGUGCUUGGAUGGAUCCGAAAAGUUAUUGGUUUACGAGUACAUGGAAGGUGGUACAUUAGAAGAUGUGAUUCAAGAUCGAAUUGGGUUCCCAUGGAGGCGGCGAAUCAAUAUCGCCAUUGAUGUUGCACAUGCACUUGUGUUCUUACACCAUGAGUGUCAUCCUCCAAUUGUUCAUCGAGAUGUAAAAGCUAGCAAUGUGUUACUAGACAAGAAGGGGACGGCUCGUGUGACGGAUUUUGGGUUGGCUAGGGUGGUUGACGGUGGUGGUAGUCAUGUUAGCACGAUGGUGGCUGGGACAAUCGGGUAUGUAGCACCGGAGUAUGGCCAAACAUGGCAAGCCACAACAAAAGGUGAUGUCUAUAGCUAUGGUGUAUUGGUGAUGGAGUUGGCGACAGGGAGGAGGGCGGUGGAAGGAGGAGGAGGAGAGUCUUUGGUGGAGUGGUCGAAAAGGGUGAUGGGGCGUUGGUCCUUGAUUCCGGUGUCACUUAUGGUGUCUGGACUAGCUGAAGGGGCGGCGGAAAUGCGUGAAUUGUUGCGAUUGGGAGUUAGGUGCACUGUGGAUGCACCUCAAUCUCGACCUGAUAUGAAGGAGGUGCUAGAAACGUUGGUUCGAAUUUCGGCUAGGUCAAAAGGAUUUUAAAUAUGUGAAUGUAAAUGUAGAAAUAUGUAUGUUGUACUUAAAUGUUAAACGUAUUAAAUUGUAAUUAAUCUUACUAAAACUCCAUUGUAAUAACUAUUUCUUAGACCAUUUCAAUCCAAC